CCCCUCCCCCUCUCCCCUGGGGCCGGGGGGAGGCGGGCCGGGUUCCCGUGUCACCAUGUCAGACUCGGAAGAGGAGAGCCAGGACCGGCAACUGAAAAUCGUCGUGCUGGGGGACGGCACCUCCGGGAAGACUUCCUUAGCUACGUGUUUUGCUCAAGAAACGUUUGGGAAACAGUACAAACAAACUAUAGGACUGGAUUUCUUUUUGAGAAGGAUAACGUUGCCAGGGAAUUUGAAUGUUACUCUUCAAGUUUGGGAUAUAGGAGGGCAGACAAUAGGAGGCAAGAUGUUGGAUAAAUAUAUCUAUGGAGCCCAGGGGAUCCUUUUGGUAUAUGAUAUUACAAAUUAUCAGAGUUUUGAAAAUUUAGAAGACUGGUAUACCGUGGUGAAGAAAGUGAGCGAGGAGUCAGAAACUCAGCCACUGGUUGCCUUAGUAGGCAAUAAAAUUGAUUUGGAACAUAUGCGGACAGUGAAAACCGAAAAGCACUUACGGUUUUGCCAGGAAAAUGGUUUUAGUAGCCACUUCGUCUCAGCAAAGACAGGCGACUCUGUCUUCCUGUGUUUUCAGAAAGUGGCUGCUGAAAUCCUUGGAAUCAAAUUAAACAAAGCAGAAAUAGAACAGUCACAGAGGGUGGUGAAGGCAGACAUUGUGAACUACAGCCAGGAGCCCACGUCCAGACUCAUCCACCCUCCGCGGAGCUCCGUGUGCGCAGUUCAGUGAGCCCUGGCCACCCCCGCCGCCCGCCCCGGGCCUCUGGGUGUUGUGGGUGGCGGCCCGUGGCGGUCACACUCGCCCUGCCCUCUCCAGCGCCCAGUGAGCCCCUGCCCGGGUCGAGUCAGCUGGGCAGGCGCCUGCGCUCAGCGAGAGCCCUUCUCGGGGUUAGGCUACUUCAGUGGAGAGUCGUGUAGCUGCUCAGUCUGUUCUCACUUCUCUCUCCCUGCUGUAAAUUUUUU